AUGUCAGCUCGAAUGUACCAAUCCGGGAUUUCGGGUGAGGGAGAUGGAAACACUUUCUACAAGGACGCAGACAAGUCUUCCUUCCGUUUCUUCUUGCUCGGGUUGUUUGGCAUCUCAUUGGCGACCAGGCUCGGUCCCGAAAUGGUGGCUAUCCACGCCCAUUCUCAUAGGUUUCCAGCUGAGAUGAACUUGUCUAGAAUGCCACUCGUUCCUGACCUCUUCCUCCCUAACAGGAGAGUCCUUGUGUUUGCAGCUUUGCUUAUAGAUACACGGAUAUAUCACUGCAUCACCGUCCACGCUCUGCGAAGAGUUCCAGGAGAGCUUUCUCUUGUCUCUCCCCACCCUCCUUCCUCAACGCAAGACGUUGUUUUAGAUAUCCCACGCCGCACUGAACUGGGGAUGUUCCAGCAUAUCAUACUCAUUCAACUCGGUAUUGGAGUUCUGAAUCAACACUCGUCCCUGCAUCUAGACUUGGCCAUCUAA